AUGAUUUUGGAUGGAUUUCCUAUUUUGGGUGUUUCUGUUCUUGCCCCUUCUAAAAAUAGAAAUUUUGAUGAUAUUGAGGCUAGUUUGGUCCAUUUAUGUUCUGAAAUUAUGAGUAAUUCUAAUAAUCUUGUGACUCAUUUAGGUUGGAUGAGGUAUUUCAAGGGUAGAGGUGGUCAUUUGGAGCAUGUUGCAUUUCUUGUAUUGUGGUUGUCUAGCAAAUGGUACCAGAUUGCUUUAGCUCAUGCUGUUUUAGCUUCGAUUUAUCGUGACUUGAGUUUGUUAAAUGAAAAAAUUGUUAGUUUCAUAUCAGAUGAUGGUGAAAAUGGUAGUACAACUCUUGUUCUUACUGCACCAUUAUAUUUAGUCCAUGUAUGGGCUUGGGAGAGGUUUACUAGAUUAGGUAAAAACCCGAAGUUUCUUGCUCGUGAAGAGCCGAGAUUGGCUCGUUGGCACGGUUCAAAGAAAUUGAAAUAUGGGCUGCAGGAUGUGGAGUCAUUUGGGGAUGACUUUCUGUGGCGGCCUUAUGCUUUGAAUGUGAAGAAUUGGGAAGUUCCUAAGUUUUAUUGUGAUCAAGGAAUGUGGUUGUUGGUAAAUUCUGCUAUGGAUGAGCAACUAUUGUCAUUUACAAGGUGUUUGAUGGCUUGUGAUUUGAUAGGUGUGGAUUGUAUGGAGCUAUAUCCUCCACAUAGAGUAGGGAUGCAAUUCGCAAUGGAUCAAGAUUCCCGAUCCCAUUCUUAG